AUGGUUCACAAACGGCGUCCCUCGAAGGGAUCCCAGACUAUUUCCCAGCCACAAACUCAGAUCCUUCCCAUGGAUUGUGAUGAGAACGUCCUACAAUCUGUUACCCACAACAUUGAUGCAAUUCACCAAGACUUAUCCCUCCUUGAUUUGGAAAGCUUCCUCCUUCCAUCCACUCAUCUCCCGGUUCUUGAUGUUGAUGCAGCUCAACUCAAAAAUGUUCAGCAGUCUCACCUUCUACCUCUCUUCAACAAUGUAAGAACAGCUUCACGAUCGUCGAAAUUGUAUCUGCCCCGUUCGAUCGCCCCACAAUCAACUAUCCCAUCUGUCCAACACUAUGUUCUGAUACCCAACGCGGCUCUUAAUCGGAGCAACCAUUUAGCACCUUGUAGUAGCGUCCUGAACAUCCCUGAAAGGUCGGACGGCAGGUAUACAAUCGCGAUGGAAGCUAAACGCGAAGCCACCGUAAUCAAAAAGGUCAAUAAACUUAUUAAGCGUGGUUUGUGGUCGAGUAACCGGUUGCCAAAGGUAAUGGAACCUCCACAACCACUCUGCCAUUGGGAUCAUCUUCUGGAGGAGGCUUGUUGGCUGGCUGAAGAUUUCAAGCAGGAGAGACUAUGGAAGAAGGCUAUCGCAAAGAAGCUCGCCGACGCAGCCAUGAUGUUCUGCAUGAUCAGCUCAGAAUUAGCUCGACGGAACGAAGAGGAGCUGGAAGGUUUGCGUCAGCGCGGUGCCGCAAUGGUCGCCAAAAUGGUACAAGACUGGUGGGCGGAGGUUUCAGAGACCGCGAGCUCUCUUUCAGCCCUGUCUGAACAUCGCCAGUGGUGUGCAGCAUUGCAACGCAACCGCGUUUUUCUCACCCACCUAACUGAUACUGGUGCUAAUUGGAUGUUUGAAGCUGUGUCUCGGUCAUCGCGUUCGAUGGCACCACCUCCCUUUUCGGCAUCAAAACAAACACUCCCGCUGGCUCCUACUAUGGUUCUGGAGGAGGAGGAUGUGGAUGAAUUGUGGCUACCUCCAAAGAGUAGUACUAGUAGUACCGCUAAUGGAAGUGUGGAGAGUCUAACAGAUGCGGGAGUGCAGUUCAAUCCCGAUGCUUUCUCGUGGGGUCUCCAAUCACACAUGAUAACGGCAGCGCCUAUGUCACUGGACUCCUCACCCAGUGAAGGUGAUAGUGAAGACCACGUUUCUACGUCCAGUGACUCUUCUGGGGCUUCCACGCUGGCUACGGAUCAAGAGGAUGUA